AUGAAGGUUUGCAAAGCAUUUGAUUAUUUCACUGCUGGUACUAUUGAACCAUCUUCUUUGAAAGUUUCUCUUCCAUUAGGUGAGUUUGCUCCAGUUGUUCUUUAUAAUAAUAGAGUUGCAUCUGGUGGUGCUUUACCUUCAGGAACUGCUUUAAAAACUUUUGAAUCUGCUGCUGCUGCUGGUGGUAUUGCUCGUGUUGGUACUGGUACUGAAGGUGAUGGUUAUGCUUAUGCUGAUUUAUCUCAGGCUUCUGCUGCUACUAUCGACACAUUAAAAGCCGCUGUUUCUACUGAACAUUAUUUAGAAAAAUUAGACAAUUAUUGUGGUGAUUAUUAUAAUGGUGUUCUUCGUGGCAUUUAUGGUACUUCAAAUGGUGAUUUAAAUACUAAUAGACCUGAACAUUUAGGUUCAUGUAAGUUUAACAUUAAUGUUAAUCAAGUUACUGCUAUGGCUGAUACUACUCAAAAUGGUGGUGUUAAACCUGCUGGCUCUUCUGCUGCUGUUUCUAUUACUGGAAAUAAAUCUCAUUUAUUCCAUAAGGCUGUAUCUGAACACGGUUAUAUUAUGAUUCUUGGUUUUGCUCGUGUACGUGAUCAAGUUUAUUCACAAGGUAUUGACCGUGAUGAUUCUAAAGUUUCUCCAUUAGAGUUCUUUAAUCCAUAUUUCACAUUCUUAAGUGAUCAAGAAAUUAAAAAUAAAGAGUUAUAUUUAAAUGGUGAUGGUAACGACGAUAAAACAUUUGCUUUCCAAGAGUCUUGGGCUGAAUAUCGUUAUAGUUUAAGUAAAGCAUCUGGAUACAUGGAUGUAAAAGCUCCUAAUACUAUUGGUAAAUUAUGGUCUUAUGCUACUGAGUUUCCUGGUUUACCUGUUUUAAAUGAAUCUUGGAUUAGUGAGAAUCGUGAUUUUGUUGCUCGUACUUUAACAACUGGCACUUCUUCACCAUAUGAUUAUUUUGCUGAGUUCCGUAUUGAUAUUACAGAAACUUCAACUGUUGGAACUGCUGUUCUUCCAGGAACAAGAGGUAAUUAUGAUUCUUAUAAUAAUCCAUAUGAUAAUGGAUCAUGGAACUGGUUAACUGACCUUUUCAACGGUGGCAAAAGAAAUCAAUACGAUCAAGCUGCAGGAAUUAAUCCUUAUUUGCUUCUUCAAAAUGGUUUUGGUUCUCCUGGUAAUUAUUCUUAUCAAGUUGGUAAAAAUGAAGAAGAGCCUUAUAAGUUUAAGGCUAAUUUAUUACAGUCAAAGACUCUUAAUAAGAUCUGGAAUAAAGGAUUUAUUACUAUUGGUGAUGUUACUCCUGAUUCAUGCGCUUAUGUUGCUGGUUAUGUGAAUAAGAAAAUCGAUGAAGAAAAAAAAGAAUUGUUUAAUGCUGGUGUUAAGAAUAUGGAAGAACUGUAUCCUAAUAAUAAAGUUAUUGUUGAUAAUAAAAUUCAAAAUGUUGAUACUGUUUUUACACAGUUGUUAUUAAUUCUUCCUGAUCUUGUUCGUGUUGCUGAAACUAAGUUUUCUGAACCUGGUUCAGUUAGUGGUAUGUCUGCUAAAGAUGCUGCUGGCACUUAUGGUGAACAAAUUAUUACAGCUAUUGAAUCUAUUCUUGAAUCCCCGACUAAAACUAACAAGGAGGAUUAA